AUGGCUGACAGAACAGCUCCCAACUGUCGCCUACGACUCGAGUGGGUCUACGGCUACCGGGGACACCAGUGCCGCAACAACCUUUUAGCCCUGCAUCCAGAGCGAGUGCUGGUGGCCACAGGACAGGUUGGAAAGGAGCCGUAUAUUUGUGUUUGGGACUCGUAUACUGUGCAGACAGUGUCCAUAUUGAAGGACAUGCACACACACGGUAUCGCCUGUCUCGCCUUCGACCUUGAUGGACAGUAUGAGGUGCUUUUAGCCCUGCAUCCAGAGCGAGUGCUGGUGGCCACAGGACAGGUUGGAAAGGAGCCGUAUAUUUGUGUUUGGGACUCGUAUACUGUGCAGACAGUGUCCAUAUUGAAGGACAUGCACACACACGGUAUCGCCUGUCUCGCCUUCGACCUUGAUGGACAGUGUUUGGUGUCUGUGGGCUUGGACUCUAAAAACACAAUCUGUGUGUGGGACUGGAGACAGGGGAAAGUUCUGGCAGCUGCUCCUGGUCAUACAGACCGGAUAUUCGACAUAUCAUGGGACCUGUAUCAGCAAAGUAAGCUAGUGAGCUGUGGAGUCAAACAUAUCAAGUUUUGGAGUCUUUGUGGGAACGCUCUGACCCCUAAGCGUGGCAUGUUUGGGAAGACUGGAGACCUUCAGACUAUCCUCUGUCUGGCCUGUGCGAGAGACGAGAUCACAUAUUCAGGUGCCUUGAACGGAGACAUCUAUGUCUGGAAGGGAAUCAGUUUAAUGCGGACAGUUCAAGGGGCUCACGGGUCUGGUAUUUUCAGCAUGAAUGCAUGUGAAGAAGGCUUUGCCACUGGAGGCAGGGAUGGCUGCAUCCGGUUAUGGGACAUGAACUUCAAACCCAUCACCGUCAUUGACCUCAGGGAAACAGACCAGGGAUAUAAGGUAGCUAGAGGUGAAAAUUCAAGAGGUGCGUUGUAGUGGUCAGUGUUCUUUAUGCAGGCUGUCCGCCCUGUGUUAUAUCCAUAGCUCUUACCCCUGUUUGUCACCGAUCCCAGAUGUCUAUAUGUAUUAUCAAGCACCCAAG